AUGUCAGCAGACGGUAGUUCUUCUCACGAAUCUAGAACAAUUGGCGGGGAUUCCGACGUAGAUCUGUUACAGAACCAUUCCAACAUCAUUUUCAAACUGCCGGUAGAAUUACAAAACACCAUGGCGGAAGAUAUGGUUGAUUCUGAUCUGAAUGAGGAAAAUAGUGAACAGCACAUCGAAUCACCCUCGCAAGAAACGCCCUCACAACCACAACACGAAUCAGAACUUCUGCAACCAUCGCAACAAGAAAUAUCACCUCGGCCGGAACCUUCCCCGCAUUCUCCGAUAAAUACAAAUAACACUUAUAAUACAGUUGAUUAUUCAAGUCCGUUUAUAUCGCAUCCAGAAUUGCUAUCACAGGAGCAGAUAAGCGAUAUACAAGAGGAACAGGAACGCGAAAUUGAAGAAGAACAGGAAGUGCCGAGCCAAGUAAUGGCUCUGCAGUUUAGCGGUAAACCACACGAGGAUGGGAAAGUCCAUGUUGACUUUCAAGGAUCACCCCAACUCAACACCACUAAUGGCACCCAUCCACUUUCCCCAACUUCCGAUCUUGAUGAGAGUAUAGCAAACCUUCAGGAAUCAAUGCAAUCAUUAAAAAUAACCAAGGAAGAACACUCUCCGUUUAGGAAUACCUUACACAAUUCAACCAUAUUUGAUGACACCGGAAUUCAACCAUUUGGUAUCUUUCUUGACUCACAAAAGUUUGAUAUUAGUCCUAAACGUAACGGAUCGGAUAUGACUACACCUUGGCGUAAAUUCCGGUCUAACCCACCGCGUCUGUUUACACCACCGGUAUACCGUGACAGUAACAUAUUUGGAAGAUCAGCGCAACAUACCACUACUUCAUCAGUGAUUGACGAAAAGAAUAAGGAAAUCCUUCGAUACAAGAUUCAGAUAAAGCUUUACAAAGAGUUUCUUCAACAGCUACUCGAUAAAUACGGCGGAGAAUUCGAAUAUGAUAUUAAUCAUGAAAUUACCAAGUUUCAAGAUAAUUUAACUAGCCCGUCAAGUAUACGUACCGUGCGAGAAGUUAACGCCGACUAUGACGAAAUGUAUAAAUUGAACCAAGAUUUGUAUACCAACUUGGAAAAAUUCGAGAGGAUGAUCAAUGAGAAAGAUCAACAGCUUCGGAAUUUAAAUAAUGAUCAUGACACAUGGCUUAUGUUAGUUGAUGACAUGAUAAAUAUGAUGAUCGAUGAUAAUGGAACUAGUGAAUCACUGAGAACUGUGCUCGAGAGCUUGGACUCUGCUAACAUAGAAACAAAAUUGAAUGCGAUCAAGUUGGAAAUGAUGAACCGAUUAGAACAAUCUACUGCGUUGUUAUUUUGCACACCACAGGAAUCAAAACAAGACGAAAUAGAUGGAUAUGUCGCCACUAUCGAUGGACUUUUGAAAGCAGUGGAGUCCUUAGAAGACAAGGUGAAAUCACACCAACUUGAAACUCAAAGAUUGGAAAGCGAUUUAUAUAAUGAAAUCAACGAGUCUAAGAAGAUUAAAGGUAAUUUUGGGUUGAUGCAUGAAAAAUUCAUACAAUUGAAGAACAGUAUCCAAGACAAUGGUUCCGAAAAAGUCAAGUAUUUAGAACUUGAGAAUGAACAGUUUAAAUCUCAGAUGAAACAAUAUGAAAAUACAGUCAAACUCCUUCAAGAAGAAGUUAACCAACAUUUACACCAGCCAGAAGCUAGUCACGACACCGACAGUUCACGGGUUUCCAGUCGAUCAAGUCUUGUACCUGAGAAUAUAGUCACGAAAUAUCUAGAUUUACAGAAUGUAUAUUCAUCCAUGGUUGACGAAUAUACCAAAUUACAGCAAGAGUAUGCCAAAUUACAAGAUUCGUUAGCCAAUAAAGUCAACUCAUUAACCAGUCGACUCAAUGAGAAAACCAUUGAAUCAAGGACGUUGAAAGGGACCGUGGAUAAAUUGCAGCGCGAAUUAGAUAUGUCGCUUGAGAAGCAGCGCAAGUUCAACACUGAGCGGAUCCAAGUAUCUCAUUCUGCUGAUCUGCUAAGGAAAGAUAAUGCUGUGCUUCAGCUGAAAGUUCAGAAACUCACGGAUAUCAUAUCGUUGACGGUGGAAGAUUCCGGUGAUAAAUCGGGCAUUCAGAAGAAGUUGACCUUGUUGGAAAUGCAGUAUAAGGACUUGCUUCAAUUCGAUCUUGCCGAAUUUAACAAGUUUAUCAAUUCGUUUAAUAAAAUUGCCGAUGAUGCGUCUUUGAAGGAUCCGAAAUUGAAAUAUGAGAAAUUGCACGAUAUGAUCUCGGAGUUGGAGAGUUUUGAUAAUGUAGGUGAGCUCAGGGAUAAGCACAAGUCGAUAUUUGAGUAUUUUGCCAGAGCGGUUGACAUUCUUGUUAAUGACCAUAUUCGAAUGUUGCUCAAGGAAAACGGAAAGAAAGCGCAAUCAGAUAGUUCUUCAAUGCAGCGAGAGCAGAUUUUACAACUAAAGAAAGAGAAUAAGGCUCUUACGCAACAGAUUGAAGAAUUGGCUGAAGCGCUGGCAUAUUCUCCGAUAUCGAAAUUGAGGAUGGAUGAUUUGGGUAACAAGUGGAAAGCAGAAAGGGAGAGACGAGUUCUCGAGAAUAAGGAAGCUCAAAAACGAUUCAAAGAACAAGAAAUGGAGAUCAAUCGAUUGACUGAAUUACUUGCGGCCAGUAAAGGUAAUUAGACAGUAAAACAUGUUUCCUGUAUGUAACCCACUGAAGUCUCUUACAUGCAGUACACGAAAUACGUUCACACACAAAAAAAUAUACAGAGAAAAAUUUUCA